UACCAGGUGUAGUUGAUCACUGUAAUUGCAACUAGAGCACAAAUAUAAAGCAAACAGCAAACACACACCAGUUAAAGCACAAACCUGCAACAGCGGCACCCAUGUUUUUGCUCCCAACUUGCUGUAGAUGAACUAUGCUGCUUCUUGAGUUAGGCAUGGGGCUCGAGCUUGUUUUAAAGGUUUCCUGGAUUUGUUUCCUGCUUUUCAGCAGUGGAUCUUGUUUCCCUGUAACAAUAAAAGGGCAAACUAGUCCAGAUGUAACUGCCAGUACUAGAAGCGCUGGCACUAACCCUGGACAUGAGAAUGAUACUGGAAGAGAAGUUGAUUCUGCACCUGGAACUAAUGGCUCUACUGGAGGAGAGGUUGGUUCUGGCCUUGGACCAAAUGGUUCUACUGGAGGACAACUUGAUUCUGGACCUGAUAGCUCUCCUGGAGGGGAAGUUGGCUGUUGCAGCUCUGCAGGAGGCUGGUCCUUUGUCCCUGGCAGCUCCAAUGGAGGUGGUGUUGGUCCUGGCUCUCGACCUGAUGGCUCUACUGGGGGAGGGGUUGGCCCUGGCAACUCCAAAGGAGGUUGGUCCUUUAGCCCAGGAAGUUCCACUAGGGGAGGGGUUAGCCCUGGCAGCUCUGGAGGAAGUUGGUCUUUUAGCCCUGGGAGCUCCACUGGGGUAGGAGUUGGCCCUAGUAGCUCUGCAGGAGGCUGGUCCUUUGGCCCUGGGAGCUCCAGUGGAGGAUGGGUUGGCCCUAGCAGCUCUCCAGGAGGCUGGUCCUUUGCUCUUGGUGGCCCCAUUGGAGAGGUUCGCCCAACAUGGGCUAAUGGUUAUGCAUUCCUUGGUGGCGUUCCUUAUCAAAAUUAUCCUCCAGUGAGUUCUUUCCUUUACCACCCAUGGAACUGGAUCCCACCACGUCCCUUCCCUGACUUCAAUGCCUGGUCUACUUAUGAGGUGCCACUAGGUAUGGUUGUGCUGCCCCCUCAGGUACCUUCAUUGCCUUCGUCCCAUCUUGUCCAGGCUGGAACUGGCUACCAGCGAGGAAGAGAAGUGCUUUCUCACUCCAAAUAUUCUAAUGUCUUGGGCCACCAUCCUCUGAGUCCUGUACUGCCACACUACCCAAGAAGUGCGAGUGGAUUUCAAGGUGAAACGGAAGAGCCUGUGUCUGCUUUCAAGAAGCCUUUUGGAUAUGGAAUAAAGACUUCAUAAAUCUAAA